AUGACAAGUAAUGAUAAUAUGACAACCACAAAUACAUCAGUGGAUAUUAAAUGUGUUAUUGUACAACAAACAUUUACUGGAAAACGUGAACUCAAAGUAACAACAGCACCAAAACCACCACCGCCUGGUGACGGUGAAGUAUUAAUUGCUGUCAAAGCAUGUGGAAUUAAUUUUAAUGACGUACUUGUGCGUUAUGGACUUCUAGAAGAAAGUCCACGCCCUCCGUUCAUUCCCGGCUUUGAAUGUAGUGGUGAAAUACUCGAUAUUGGAACGAAUGUUACACAUCUCGAUAGAGGCGAUCGUGUUCUUGUAUUAACACGCUUUUCAGCAUGGGCUGAGCAAAUAGUCGUUAAGAAAGAUUUCGUAUUUAAAAUUCCAAAAGAAAUGACUUUUCGCGAAGCUGCUGUACUUCCAAUAGCAUAUCUUACUGCCUAUAUACUUUUAUUUGAAAUUGGAAAUAUAAAACCAGGUCAAACAUUACUGUUUCAUUCUGCUGGUGGCGGUGUCGGAGUUGCAUUAACACAACUAUCCAAACUAGUGCCUAAUUUAACGAUUAUGGCAACAGCUAGUCCACAUAAAUUUGAUGUGCUUCGUGCUCAUAUACAUUAUUUAUUUGAACAUGAUAUUGAUUAUACAGAAGAUAUUAAAAAAAUUACACCUGAAGGUAUUGAUCUUGUUCUUGACUGUAUGGCUGGCGAUGAUUGCGAACGUGGUCUUGACUUACUUAAAUUUAAUGGAAAAUAUGUUAUGUAUGGAACAUCAAGUUUACUUUCUUGGGAUGUUAAAAAUUUGUUUGGCAUUACCAAAGGAAUGACUAAUUGGUGGCAAAAUGAUAAAAUAAGUUGUCUACGUUUAUUUCAAGAUAGCAAAUCUAUUCAUGGUUUUAAUUUAAUUCAAUUGCUUCAAUAUGGUUCAAAUGACACACGCCGUUAUCUAUCAGACAUUAUGCAUAAAGUAUUUCUACUUUACAAAGAAGGAAAAAUAAAACCGGUUGUUGAUAGUGUAUUUACAUUUGAAGAUGUAAAUAGUGCUCUUGGCAAAUUAGUAGAGCGUAAAAACAUCGGUAAAGUAGUCAUUGAGCCAUUUGUUAAUGCAAAAGCAGAAAAAGUGAAAAAAGUCAAAGCAGGAGGCGCAUCCGGACAUCAAGAUUCAAGCUCCACAUCUGGUCCUGAUGAUGAUGAUGAAAAAGAUCCUGAAGAAGUUCGUCAAAGUUCAUCGUCUAAUCAAUAA